GUUCCCGACAGAGAAUGCGCGUCUUCCCAACAGUUGCACACGUGUUUUCCUUUAGUAUGAGCUGUCCAAGCAUGUGAUCGAUCGAAGAGUAGAACGCUGUGGGCCUGUCCGCAGCAAGGCGUUCUGGGAUAAUAAAUGAUUCCUACUGUGCACAUGCUAAAAUGCACGAUUAAAAGGAGCAUUUAAAUGUGCCUUGAAAAUAACGCGAAGAUAUAAAGACGUCGUUGUCCGCCCGUUUAGUGCGUCAUGGUAACGGUUACAGGGGGGGAUGGAGUGACAGAAGUCACAGGCUGGUUCUGGGUGGGAGUAGCUGGAGAAGGGACGAGCUCUGGUCUCACGGAUUGGUGUUUAAUAAUCAUCUGGCUAGUAGCACUUAGCCAAGGAUCCAGUCUUGUUACUUUCGGCAGUAAAGUCAUUUAAUUUUAUUUGACGCCCAAAAGAAAGUUGAAUCCUAUUUUCGCAUAAGAGCUGCGAAGUCAGGAGCACUGCAGGGAAUGAACCACUUUAGCGGGAGGGCCAUGGCUCAGGACCCCAAGCCGACCCAAGCACCCCUGCUGUGCGCCACGGGCUGCGGUUUCUACGGCAACCCGCGCACCAACGGCAUGUGCUCCGUGUGCUACAGAGACUCCCUGCAGAAGCACAACGGUGGCGGCAGGGUCAGCGAGCCAGUGUCAGCCAGCCUGGGCAGCGUGGAAGCCUGUCCGCCCGCACAGUCCGCCCCGGUCCCGCCAGGCCCGGUGCUGGAAGAGAACAGCAGCCAAGGCCACGUAACCACAGCAGCAGUCGAGCAGGCGGAGCCUGCUUCAGAAACAUCUCAGGCCAAGCUGAAGACAGAUGAUGUAGCAGACCUCUCAGUGGAACCCUUCACCGCUGGGCUGGACAAGUCCAAACCGAAGAAAAACCGAUGUUUCACCUGCCGCAGAAAAGUGGGCCUCACCGGCUUUGGGUGCCGCUGCGGGAACCUGUUCUGCGGUGUCCACCGGUACUCUGACCUCCACAGCUGCACUUUUGACUACAAGGCCGACGCGGCUCAGAAAAUCAGGAAAGAAAACCCAGUCAUCGUCGGGGAAAGAAUUAAAAAGAUCUGAGCUUGGACGACCUUCGACCUCCUGGUGUCGCGGAUCCCCUAACGCCUUUCUUCCCUCUCAUCACAAGUUCCACCUUGAACUCUGAACUAUAGAACCAGCAUAGACUUAUAAAGCAUGCAUGCCACACGGGGUCGCAGCCUGGCAAAUAUUUCACAUUUGGUUUUCGAAUUUGUUUCUAAAUAUUUUGUGUGUGUGAGAUUUUGCAAACAUUUAAGCUUUUUUAUUUUAAUUUGUUUUACUAAUAGGACUUUCCUUUGAAUAUUGUGAGACUACUUGAGGGACUGGACUUUUCUGGAGUCUGUAAACAAAGAUUGCAUGCUAUACCAGUGAAUUAUUUUUCAUUUUAAUGUUUAAACUGAAUUGUCAGAUUUAGUUUAAUAUUAACAGUUUAAAGUGUGUGGGUCUUUUUAUCGUUUAUUCCUUAUUUAGAUACAUGAUGAAAGGUUUAUAAUCAGUAACACAGGAGAAGUGUGUUUGUGUGUGAUAAGCAAUCUGUAUGCACAUCAUUACUUGUGAUUUUAAUUUUCAUUACUAUUAUUUAUAUUAUUAUUACUAUUAUUUUUUUAAUUAAAAAGAUCAUUUGCUAAAGUAAAACUAUCAGAGUGCGUCCACAGAUAAA